UUCAUGCUCUUAUCCUGAGGUAGAGGAAAUAAGCAGAAGAAAUUUCUCUAGUUCAGUUAAAGGAUCUGUCGUACUGAACUCUGCUUUGAAAAACUGGGAAACCUCCUCUGUGUAGAAUUGAAACAGACAUUUGACAAUUGUCUUGAAUAAAAAUUAAGGCAAAAAUGUCCAUCAUAGAUCCUUAUCAACACAUUGUGGUGGAGCACCAGUAUUCACACAUAUUCACUGUGACAGUAAGGAAAGCCACAAAUGUCACAAAAGGAGCGAUUGGUGACAUGCUUGAUACUCCAGAUCCUUAUGUGGAGCUGUUCAUCCCAUCCGCCCCUGAUUGCAGGAAGAGAACGAGACAUUUCAAUAACGAUGUGAAUCCCGUGUGGAACGAGACCUUUGAGUUCAUUUUGGACCCCAAUCAAGAGAAUAUUCUUGAGGUUACUUUGAUGGAUGCCAACUACGUUAUGGAUGAGACUCUUGGCACAUCCACAUUUCCUAUAUCUUCUCUGAAAGUGGGAGAGAAGAAGGAGGUCCAGUUAACUUUCAAUGAUGUCACAGAAAUGACUUUGGAAUUGUCUCUUGAAGUGUGCUCUUCAACUGAUUUUUGUAUGGCUCUGUGUGAUGAGGAGAAGAAAUUUCGGCAACAGCGAAAAGAUAAUAUCAUGCACAGUAUGAAAUCAUUUCUAGGAGAGGAAAACAGCAAGAACUUGACCACUUCCCGUGAUGUACCAGUGAUAGCAAUAUUGGGGUCAGGAGGUGGAUUUCGUGCCAUGGUAGGGUUUGCUGGAGUCAUGAAAGCACUUUAUGAAUCAGGAAUUUUAGACUGUGCGACUUACAUUGCUGGUCUCUCAGGAUCCACGUGGUACAUGUCAACUUUGUAUUCACACCCGGAUUUUCCAGAGAAAGGACCAAAGGAGAUUAAUCAAGAAUUGAUGAACUCUGUCAGUCACAACCCACUUCUGCUGCUCACUCCUCAGAAAGUCAAACGCUACAUUGAAGCACUGUGGAAUAAGAAAAGCUCAGGGCAGCCUGUCACCUUCACAGAUAUCUUUGGAAUGCUAAUAGGUGAAACACUUAUCCAUAAUAGAAUGGACACCACUUUGAGCAACAUGAAAGAGAAAAUCAAUAAUGCACAAUGUGCUCUCCCGCUCUUUACAUGUCUCCAUGUCAAACCAGAUGUCUCAGAGCUUAUGUUUGCAG